AGAUUUUACACGAAGUAUGGAUCUGGAUGAAAAUAUAUCGGCCGGACAAAAUUGGCCAACAGAGAGGAUUAACUGUUCUACUUGUGGAAUUGUCGUAGCACUGUGCAAUAGAUGUUCAUGCCGUAUUAAAAACUACAACUGCCCAGGAUGUACAAAAGUUUUGGAAUCCUCCUAUCGAACUUUCAUUCAACCGCCCAUGAUUGAGUACUUCUGCACGUGCAAUUUGGAUGAACUCAACAAUAAAACAAACAAUGAGAACUCAUCCACAUACUUAGGCCAGCUUAAUAAAACAUUUAUACCGGACGAUUUCCUGGAAGUCGCCGUUGAGACUCCGAAAGAACCUAACGGCACUCCUCAAAAGGAAAACAACGUGAGCCUGGAUAAUUUUCUAAACUCAAAGGGGGUCCAUAAAGAACGCAAAGUGUCUAACGCCUCCAGGAAGUUCUAUGAAAAUCAAGACAAACUGAUAGCUGGAUAUGAAGAAGUUUACUUACAAAAAGACGACAAACAUGAGAGAUCUACAAAACUCCGGAAGAAGGCUACCUUGUACGCAAAAGUCAGCUUUGCUGUCAAUGUGAUUUUACUGGCCGCCAAGUUGACCGCUGCAGUGCUGUCUGGAUCAAUGGCCAUCAUAUCAAGUCUCGUGGAUAGCGUGGUGGAUAUAGCUUCCGGUCUCGUUGUCUGGGUAACGACAAAAUCUAUACGGAAUGCCAACCGGUACAAAUACCCAAACGGGCGCCACCUAUUGGAACCGCUUGCGGUGAUUCUUUUAUCCGUAAUUAUGGGAAUGGCGUCUCUACAACUACUGAAGGAAGCUGUGGGUAAAAUCGUUUCCUUGUAUUCCGGCAGCACGCCCCCACCGACAGUGGACUACCUCACCAUCUCUAUCGCAGGCUUCACCAUAGUGGUAAAGUUUGUUUUGUUUGUGCUGUGCCGUCGCGUUAAAACCCCCACAGUUCAAGCUCUGGCCCAGGACCACAGAAACGAUGUACUCUCCAAUACAUUGGCCAUUGUCUGCGGAUACAUAGGAUCAAGAGAAAUCCAGAAGGAAAUUGGAGAAAAAUGUCUCAUAUACGUUGACCCGAUCGGGGCCAUCAUCAUAUCCUUGUACAUUGCUAUUACAUGGUACAUAACAGGAAGAGAUCAAACCAAGUUGCUGACAGGAAGAAAAGCUGAUUCAUCCAUUGCCAGUAAAGUAAUUUGGAUAUCCAUGAACCAUUCCGAUAUAGAAUCAGUGGAUCACGUCAUUGCAUAUCACGUGGGUUAUGACGUAACAGUUGAACUGGACGUCUGUGUCUCUCCAGAACUACCCAUUUGUAAAACACAAGAAGUGAAGAACUCCUUGAAAUCCAAGCUGGAAAAAGUGGACAGUAUAAGCAAAGUUUACAUCAACAUGGUCUCAAAUUGUGAAAAGUUUUGUAGCAAAUUAUAAGAUCGCGUGUCUCAUAAUUGUGUGAUCCAGUGGCACUCCUCGUUUGAAUAAGCAUUUAAAACGAUACAAAAAUCAGCAUCUCUAUGCUAAAAAUGACAUGACAUGUAUUUUCGGUCAUAUAGUGGUCUGUUUUCUCGACUGGAAGUCUGACUUAGACAUAUUUUACAUAUUUCUAGAUAUAAUUAUAACUGACCAUCAAGAAAUAUAUAAACUUUUAUGGAAAAAAAUGAAACAAGGGUCGUUUUAAAUUUCAAUUAUACCUCCGGCCGAGAUCUGGAGCUAUGAACAUCUGGGGCAAGUUGCAGUCGUUGUUGAUAUAUUAGGCAAUGUAAUGGGGCAUUUUUAUAAAUCAUCUUAAUUAGUUGCGGACCGGCGACGAUCAUGAUGAAUUCUGCUAACAGCAUGUACAUGUUGUAACAAUUGGAUAAUGAUAAAACUAUGUCUGAAUUCUUUUUAUUUUCCAUAAUACAAGUUCAUGUUAUAAUGCUGUUGAAUUUGAUUACAGUGUAUUUGACUGUGCAUAAAUGGCUUCAGUUGCAUUACGAAAUAAAUUAAUGACA